CACUACACCAGCCAUGGCAAAAGCAACAGUUCAGGGCAAAUCUCCGUCGCUCGCCGGAGAUAGGUCCGUCACCGUCGCCGCCGUAGUUGUCAUUAUAAUGAUUUGUGCUCUUUGGUCCGUCACAAACCCUUGGCCUGGUUUCACAACCUUACUGUCAACACCAAACACCAAAUUCGCCUCCAAAUGUGUCACCUCCCGGGAUUGCGCCGGAGACCUCCGUCAUGACCCGCCGGAGACAACAUUCUACGACGACCCAAACCUUAGUUACACCAUAGAGAAGCCUGUGAAGAAGUGGGACGACAAGAGACGACAGUGGCUGAAGCGUCACCCCUCGUUUGCCGCCGGAGCCGGUGAACGGGUACUCCUCCUAACUGGGUCACAACCGUCUCCGUGCAAGAACCCAAUCGGCGAUCAUUUAAACCUUAGAUUUUUCAAGAACAAAGUUGAUUAUUGUAGACUUCACGGCUAUGAUAUCUUCUACAACAACGUUCAUCUACACCAGAAAAUGCGUUCUUAUUGGGCAAAGAUACCUCUGGUUCGAGCCGCCAUGGUUGCUCACCCGGAAGCUGAGUGGCUAUGGUGGGUCGACUCAGACGCUGUGUUCACUGACAUGGACUUUAAGGUUCCAUUAAAGAGGUACGAAGACCACAACUUAGUAGUCCAUGGAUGGCCUAAGGAGGUUUACGAGAAGAAGAGUUGGGUAGCCAUCAAUGCCGGCAUCUUUCUGAUAAGAAACUGUCAAUGGUCCAUGGAUUUCUUGGAAGUUUGGGCGAGUAUGGGCCCACACACACCAAAUUACAAAAAGUGGGGACAAACCCUGAGAUCAACCCUCAAAGACAAGCUGUUCCCGGAGUCCGACGAUCAAUCGGGGCUGGUUUAUUUACUGCUGAAAGAGAGAGAAAAAUGGGGUAACAAGAUUUACAUAGAGAAUGAGUAUGAUCUCCAUGGUUACUGGUUGGGAAUAGUCGGAAAACUCGAUACCUUCGCCGAAAGAUACGUGACGAUGGAGAGGAAGGUGCACGAGUUAAGAAGGCGGCAUGCGGAGGUGGAAAGCGAGAGCUACGGUGGCCUCAGGGAACAGUACAUAGAAGAAGGUGGGAAUAAUAGUAGCUGGAGGCGGCCCUUUAUUACGCACUUCACGGGGUGUCAACCGUGUAGUGGGCGGCACAACCCAUCCUACGGCGGCGAUUCUUGCUGGAUUGGGAUUGAAAGGGCUUUGAAUUUUGCGGACAAUCAAGUGCUUCGUAAAUUUGGUUUUGUGCACUCGGAGCUGGAGAAUUCCUCCGCUGUUUCGCCUCUGCCAUUUGAUUUUCCGGCAUAAGAUAUUAUGGGAAUAGGUAUGGUUUGUAAGAAUACUAAAAACCUCUCACAGACGUUUUAUCAAAUAAGUGGCAUGCACUCAACUCCCUGAAAACAGAUUGUGAAGCUUCGGGAGUUGCAGCUGUCACCAUAAAAGCUUGGGUCAUUGGUUAGGGUUGAUGUAACUAGUGUUGUAGUUGAAAGAGGUGACACUGUUUUCUAUUUCUAUCUUGUAACAAAAAGGAACACUCAACUACAAGAGUGACAGAGGUGAAUACAAACUGUUGGAUUGGAAAAGGAAAAAAUCAGUAAAAUUCUUCCAAGUUUUUCAUUAACAGUACA